AUGACUGAUCAGAUUAAAUCAUCUCUUCAUACAUUGCCGACAGAACAUAUCUAUCGAAUUUUUAACUAUCUUGAUGAUUUCGAUAUUUUUUGUACGAUGCAAAAUGUCUGCACACGUAUUAAUGCAACUCUAGACAACUAUCGUCGCUACAAGGCACUCACUACACUUCAACUAUGUAAUAAAAAAAUGGGCCUGCAAGGCAUAGAGCAUCUGAGCAAUACACUUAAGCAAAAUAAAACGGUCACUACGCUGGAUAUCGGUGUCAAUCAAAUCGAUGAUAAAGGAGCAUAUUACAUAGCCGAUGCUUUAGGUCAAAAUCAAACACUAAACAUAUUGAAUCUUCAACUCAAUAAUAUUGGCCCACAAGGAGCAGAAUAUCUUGCUAAUAGCUUGAAACAAAAUCAAACGUUAACUAGAUUGAAUCUUCAUUACAAUCAACUUGGUGACGAAGGAGCACAGCAUCUUGCCAGUGCUUUACAACACAAUAAAACACUUACUAGACUAAAUCUUAUACAUAAUGAAAUAGGUGAAAAGGGUGCAUACCAUCUCUCAAAUGCUCUACAACUAAAUAAAACGCUUACCACAUUUUAUAUUGCCGAGAAUAAAAUCGGUGAUCUAGGAGCACAAUAUAUCGCGAAAGCACUUCAGAUAAACCAAACACUCACGAUACUUUAUGUAGCACAAAAUCAAAUUGGUGAUGAGGGAGCACACCAUUUUGCUAAUGCUCUACAACAAAAUCGAACACUCACCACAUUGAGCUUGAAAGCGAACCGUAUUAGUAGCCAAGGAGCAUGCCAUCUAGCGAAUGCUCUUCUCGAAAAUAAUACACUUACCACAUUGAAUCUAAAAUGGAAUGAAAUUGGUGAUCAAGGAGCGAGUCAUUUUGCAAAUGCUCUUCGCCAAAACGAAACACUCAUCUUUCUCGACAUACGAUGCAAUAUUAUGAGUGAUGAUGGAAAGAAUGAACUUUUGGAAAUAAGAAAUUACGAACCGGGAUUAAAGCUAAUAAUAUAA